AUGCAAACUGUUCUCUUCAUUUCUCUAUUAGUUGGUCUAACAACAUUUGUAACAGCAAGUGAUGUACUUGUUUUUACUGAUAGUGAUUUUGAGACAAAAAUUCAACAACAUGAUAUGAUGCUUGUUGAAUUUUAUGCACCAUGGUGUGGUCAUUGUAAACGACUUGCACCAGAAUAUGAAAAAGCUGCUACACUAUUAUUAAAGAAUGAUCCACCUGUUUCAUUAGCUAAAGUUGAUUGUACUGUUGAAACCAAAGUUUGUAGUAAAUAUGGUGUUAGUGGUUAUCCAACAUUGAAAAUCUUUAAAAAUGGUGAAUUUUCUGAAGAUUAUAAUGGUCCACGAGAAGCCGAUGGCAUCGUUUCAACAAUGCGAUCAAAAGCUGGUCCAUCAUUUCGUGUACUUGAAACAUUAGCUGAUUAUGAAAAAUUUUUAGAUCAUUUCGAUCAUAGUAUCAUUGGUUAUUUCGAAAGUGAUACUCAUUCAUUAAAAAGUGAUCUCGUUAAAGCUGCUGAUCAAUUAUCUGAAAAAUUUCGUUUUGCUUAUACAACAUCGAAAGAAAUUCUUGAUCAAGUUGACCAUUUAAAUAAAAUUGUUAUACAUCAACCAAAACGAUUACAAUCAAAAUUUGAAGAUACUUUUUCAGCUGUUCAAGGAGUUGGUAAUAAAAUUAAAACAUAUAUUCAAGAAAAAAUUCAUGGUCUCGUCGGUCAUCGUACGCCAUCAAAUGCUGCUGACUUUUCUAAACCAACUGUUGUUGUUUAUUAUAAUGUUGAUUAUGUUCGUGAUACUAAGGGUACAAAUUAUGUUCGUAAUCGUAUAUUAAAAAUUGCGAAAAAAUUAGCUGAUGAAAAUGUUAAUGUUGGUUUUGCUAUAAGCAAUGCUGAAGAAUUUCGUCAUGAAUUAAAUGAAUAUGGAAUUGAUGAUAUUAAAAAAGAUGUAAAAUAUGUUCUUGGCCGUGGUGCUGCUGAUGAAAAAUAUAAAAUGUCAGAAGAUUUUACUUUUGAACUUCUUGAAGACUUUGCUCGUAAAGUUGCUAAUAAUGAUCUUGAACCAUAUGUUAAAUCUCAACCUAUUCCUGAACAAACUGAUGAUGUUAAAGUUGUUGUAGGAAAGAAUUUUAAUGAAAUUGUUAACGAUAAAUCAAAAGAUGUUCUUAUUGAAUUUUAUGCACCAUGGUGCGGUCAUUGUAAAUCACUUGCUCCUAAAUACGAUGAAUUAGCUAAGAAAUUACGAAAAGAAUCAAACCUUGUUAUUGCUAAAAUGGAUGCUACCGAGAAUGAUGUACCAAGUCCAUAUGAUGUUCAAGGAUUUCCAACAAUCUAUUUCGCACCGAAGAAUAGCAAAGAUAAUCCACGCAGAUAUGACGGUGGACGUGAAGUUGAUGACUUUAUCAAGUAUUUAGCUAAAGAAGCUACUGAACCUCUUCAAGGUUAUGAUCGUAAUGGAUCAAAGAAGAAGAUUAUGUUUUCUUCUCAAAUAAAUAUCAUUAAUGAAUUAUCUUAUCGUCAAAUUCAAAAUGAACUAAGAAAACGUCAAUUAAAUUCAACUGGAAAGAAAAACAUUAUUGUAAAACGAUUAAAAGUUGCUUAUGAGAAAGAAAUAAUAAAUCAAUCAUCAUAUGUAACAAAAUUUCAUGAUCUACCAAAUGAAAUUUAUCGAGAAAUAUUGGAUUAUUUAUCUUCAUUUAAUAUUAUACAUUCAUUUUAUGGACUUAAUUAUUAUUUAAAUGAAAUAAUUCGAAAUAUACCAAUGAAACUAAAUUUUAAUAAUUUAAAUAAAAUUGAAUAUAAACGUGUUUUAAAACAUAUUGUACCGAAAAUAAUUGAUCAAACAAUGGCUAUAGAUUUAGGAGAAUCAUCUAAAAUAAUUUCUUGUUUUUCUUCAUCGUGUUAUUCAGAAUUUGUAAUUGAUUCGUUUAUUCAAUCAUUCAAUUUGAUUCAAUUUUCAAAUCUUCGAUUUCUUUCACUUAUUGCACUUAAUCAAAAACAAUUAGAAUCAUUAUUUUUAAUCAUACCAAAUAUGCCAUCUCUACGUUCACUUCGUCUAUUUGAACAAAACUAUUGUUGUUCAUUAAAUGAAACAAUUUGUAAACUUGUACUUGCUAAUAAUUUUAAUUACUCAAUUAAUAAAAAUAAUUAUCUUACAAACAUUUUUAUUGAAACAAAUCCUCCAUUUAAAAUUCUUGCUCUUCUUCAUAAACAUUUUAUAAAUAAAAUUUCUUUUGAUUACAUACAAAUAAAUAUUCGUUGUGCUUUAUAUUUUCAUCUUUAUGCAUUAACAUGUCUUGAUUGUAAUGGCCUUUCCAAACUUAUAUCAAAUAUAACUUAUGUUAAAAUAGAUGUUACUAUUGGAACAUUUCAGCCAAUGUUUGAAUUAAUUCGACGUUUUUCAAAAAUACAUCAUUUAUCUGUUAAGACUACUUUACAAGCAUAUGCUAAUGGACAUCAAUGGGCUGAGUUACUUGGUCAAAUGCCGAAUAUAAUCAAACUUGAUCUUGAUAUUGAUCUUGAUUCGUAUAAAUCUGAUCAAGAAUUACAAACAUUUCAAACAACAUUUUGGUUUGAACGACUAUGGAUUGUUCAAUGUGUUAAAAGUCAAUAUAAUUCUUCAGAAUGUAAAAUUACCCAUCAAAGUAUUUAA